GUAAUGCAACAAGUUGUACAAACUAAUAUAAUGGGUGUGGUUUAUUGUACGCAACGCGCUUUCAAAUCAAUGAAAGAAUGCAAUUUUGAUGGACAUGUGGUGAUCGUUAAUAGCGUAGUGGGCCACUCGGUACCACAUUGGCCGUUUGAUGAACCGCCAAUUAUGAAUGUGUAUGCGCCGACUAAAUAUGCACUAACCGCUAUUACUGAGAUAUAUCGGCAAGAGUUUAGAGGAUUGGAGACAAAAAUCAAAAUAACUAGCGUUAGCCCCGGUUUAACAGAUACAGAAAUCGUUCCGGAUCAAUUCAAAAACGCUGGACUUCCAAUUCUGAGAUCAGAAGAUAUUUCCAGCUGCAUCUUGUUCACUCUUUCUACACCGCCACACAUGCAAAUACAGGAGAUUACUGUGAUACCAACACUGGGCGGGUAAUUAAAUAUUUUAGCUUAUGUUUCACACACAUAUGUACAUAUAUUAAAUA